UCUUACACUCCAAAUAUUUAUUUAUAUAAGAAAAUAAUAAAAAAAACUAGAUUAUCUUUUAAGUCUAGUAUUUUUUUUUUUUUCAAUUUCAAUCUUAUUUUAUUUUUCGCAACAAACAAAUUGGACCAAAUUGGAUAAACACAAGAAGACCAAAUUGAAACAAAUUCGAGGUUUUCUCUGUCACAUCUCUCUCAAAAUUGGACCAAAUGGUUACUUUUGAUUUUGUACCAUACUACCAUAAGUUGUCGUUCUUAUAUUCGCUAACGCCGCGGUGACAGCCAACGCAGCAGCAGCCAACGUAUCAGUUGUCGUUCUCACACUCAAACGCGCGCGACCACUCUCUCCUAUUCUCAAACGCCGUCGGCCACAGAAAAAGCCGCCAACGCAGCAGCAGCCAAACUCGUCGUCUCUCUACAACAAGGCAGAGCAGCCAACAGCGACCAGCCAUCUCUCUCACACUCUCACUCGGGUCUACUAAUCCGGAAGAAGUUAAGAGCACUUUACAAUGGGAGAAGAAGAAUGGAGGAAUAUACAGGGUCAACUUUCACGAUGGAAAGUCUCAAAAGAAGAUUUGUUGCAUAUGUUACGAUAUAAUACCAACAAAUUGUUUCCUAAGAAAUUGGGAAUUUUGGAUCUGCGAAAAAUUUGCUCCCAUGGGAUGACGUAUGGAGCGAUGGAGAGUGUCUGUUUUACUUGCAGAGGACUACUUUUCUACGACGAUGGUUCUUAUUGGUGUAGCAGAUCGGCUAUGAAUGAACGUAAGUGUCGUAAAGAUGAGUUUCAUUAUGUAAAGGUAUCAAAUAAUCCUUGGCAAAUUCCAGAUGCAGUACAAAACAAUUCAUUGAGAAAUUGGCAUAGGCAAGGGGGGAAUCUGAUUCUAAAGUUUGACCAAGCCAUGAUUGAUCAAAGAAACUUCGUGAUAGAUAAAAUAAAGACACAUAUGAUGAUGGACAAUUUAAGAAAGUUGUAUGUAGAUGAUGAAGUUGUAUACAGUUUUUUUCUGGUCAAUACACCUGAUUUUUCAGAUAAAAAGUUUUUCAUUUGUCAAGUGUUAAAAAGUGUAGCAAAUAUCAAGUUUAAAUCUACAGAGGAGGAGGAAUUUUAUUUGACACUAGAUGAAAAUAUUUAUGCAAAACCUAUGUACACCGACCGACCCAUGGAGAAAGAAGAAGCAAUCGAAGAGUUUGAAACAAGAUUCCUCUACAACACCAACAUUGGAUGGGAGGAAUGGUGUAAUGAAGACAUCACCGAAUAUCCAGUCAAGAUGUUACCGUUGAGGAUUAAUUAUUUAAGAGGCAACCUGAAAGACUUAACAAAUCAGGAAAUUGAUGGUAUGUUAUCCUGGAGAAAUUGAAUGGACUUAGGCCACAUGGAGAAUAAGUCAGUGCCGUUCUUGGGAUAGCUGAAUCAACUCAUAAAUUUCCCAAGUAUGAAAAAAUUUAUGGCAAUUUGUUAAGUUACUACAAGUAUCUCAACGUGUCAGAGGGAGAAAUGCUGUGAGAGAGGAAGAACAUGAUCAGCGAGCAUCUAUUUUGUUACUCUCUUUAAACAUGAUCAAGCAAUGCAUAAAACUGGCUUAUGUUUUUGCAUGUUUGUAUAAGUCUAAUCUAUAUCAUUGUUGCACUGUAAUCAUGCAUAGGUUUCAUUAUUAUAUAGGUCUAUUCUGGCUCUUGUAGUUAUGGCAGCAGUCUUAGUUUCCAGAAUCUCGACCUGCUACUCUGGAUAACUGUAUUUUUGCCACCUCUGGGCUGCCGAAGCUGUGAUUAGACGUAAAUCUUUCAACGAGUACUUUCUCUUCUUUCGUCAAUGCUCAUCUAGAACUGCCAACCAAUUCACCCCGUUCUAUUAUAGGAUGUUUGAACCUGAGUGGUUUAAGAAGUCACUUGAUCCUAACUUCCGAAAAUCCAGAGUUACAAGACAUUUGGGCCAGUUAUCUUAUUGCUCGAUACCUCCCUUACAAUAUCCUUCUGGAUGAAUCUUCGAAGUGCAAAUAUGGGUUAAUACAUUAUUCUCCAUAGCAGUUUGCCCAACAGUGUGGUAUGACCCAGGGCGUCCCCUUCCACCAUUAAGCCCAUAAACUUCCAAUUAGAAGAAAAGAUUUCCGUUUGAAGAUUACAUUGAAGAAACUGGAUCAAGGUUUUGCCGAUUGAAAAGGAAGUUUUCUUUUGUUCUAUUUGAUACUAAUUCAAGCUCUACUGAGUUCUUUGGGACAAGACUGCUAUUGAUGUCCUCAGGAAGACCUCACCACUCUCUGUCCAGCUGACAGGCAAGAAGUUGCUGCGCCCAGAUCCAAUGGUAUUAAAAGCAUUUCUCAGUCUGCUGGAACAUUUGGCCAGAAUAUGAAGAGGAAAUCUGAAGGCAUGACAUCCUCCUUGAUGGAACAAAUUAUAAGAUUUCUAUUUUGUUGGUAUAUGGAUAGAUUGCAUUAGAUUUUGUGAUGGUUUUCGAUGUUCUUUGAUUCUUGUCCUUUUCUCAGUUUGAUUUCUGUUUCUGAUUUUGACGUCUUGUAUUGCCUCCUUUCAUUGAGUGAUCACUUGCAUAAGCCUCUUAAUGCAAAUUCUCUGUCUAGUAA